GAGUUCUCCUUCUUCCCGCGCGAUGCUCCCGUCCCCUGUGCGGCCCUGCAGGGCUGCGCGUUAAAUUCGGGAGGAGGAGACGAACGUCCUGGCGGGAAUCUCCGGAGGGGUCGGCGGCCGGGAUGCAGCUCGGGGAUGGGGCCGGAGGCCGGGUAGGGCAGCCGAGCCCAGCCGCGCUCCGGGAUGUGCGUGGUCCCGGCGGCGGCCGGGCUGCCCCUCGCCCGUGGGCCGCUCUUGUGUGUGUGUUUAUAAAUAUGCAUAUUGUUCGCAUAUUUAUGUGUAUGAGGAGAGGCUGCGGGAACUGGGUCUGUUUAGUGUGCAGAAUACCGAGAGGGGGGUCUCAUUAAUGCGUAUAAAUAUCUCAGAGGCGGUGCCAGACUCUUCAGGUGCUCAGUGACAGGACGAGGAGCAGUGGCCAUAAACUAAAACGCAGGAAGUUUCACUUUAAGAGGAAGAAGAACUUUGCAUUGAGGGUGGCCGAGCACUGGAACAGGCUGCCCAGGGAGGUUGUGGCGUCUCCCUCUCUUGACACGUUCGGAACCCACGUGGGCACAUUCCCUUGUAACCUCUCCAGGUGGCCCUGCCGUGGCAGGGCUGGGUGAUCUCUGGAGGUCUCUUCCAACGCCAACAAUUCCAUCGUUCUGCGAUAUGUACAUAUCUAUAGACACAUACACACAUAUACGUAUGCUUUAAACUCGGUCUCUGUGUAUUAACGCUGCAGUUUUCUUCUGGUCUGUGUGAGGCCGGGGAUGAAAUCCUGGGGCUUUACCGGAGACACCUGUUGGUAAAGAGCUGAAAAGAGCCGUCCUCUUCCACCUGGAUGGAAGUUCUCCGUUGGUAUGUGCGAGGAGAUUGAGCAGGGGUGACCAAACCAGACUGCCACAAGGGAAGUUCUGGUUGUGACAAGAUGUUAAAACAGCUCUAGUUUUUUAUUUGCUUACUAACUUUUUUUUAAAGAAAAAUGUAGAGUUCUGUAGGUGCAGCUGGGCUGUAUGAGAAGAAUACAUUAACUUCUAAUUUUGUUAUCGCUUCUUAUUUCAGUCCAUCUACCAGAAUAGCUGCAGGAAUUUGUCUGUAUUUUUGUUUUUUUCCUUGGGAAGGAGAUCUCAUACAUGCAUAUGGAACUAGUGCAGAUAUCAAGUAAUCUGUUUUGAAAUAACUUCACAGUGUUUUAAUUAAAAAAAAAUGUGAAUGACUUGAACUAAAAUUUGCUGUUAAUUUUUCUCCCUUCUUUCAUUCAAAAUUUUAAACUGAUUGAAGACAGAAUCUGGAGGAAGUCUGAGAUAACUUAAAUACAUCUGACUUUGACAAAAAAAAAGACUCUAUAGAAGAAGGAUAGAAAGAACAGUGCCACUGCUCAGGAGACAGGGAAAACGUGGGAGCUCUUCCACUGUGCCUGCCAGCCAGCCAGCGUGUGUACCAGGUUUACUGUCCAAGAGGAUUUAUACCUUGCUUAAAAAGAUGCCUGCUGCCUGUGAGUCAGUGCUUGAGGAUAUUGAAGACAUCGUGUCAGCAGAAGAUUUGAAGCCCCACGAUCGGCAGUUUGUGAGAAGGAAUGUUUUUCCCAAAGUGCGAAAACGCAACUCCCAGAAAAACGCUCAGACAGAUGAUGAGCCCCCAAGUGACAGCAUUAUUCCUGGUGUUCAGAAAAUCUGGAUUCGUACUUGGGGAUGUUCUCACAAUAAUUCAGAUGGUGAAUACAUGGCUGGACAGCUGGCUGCAUAUGGAUACAAAAUUACAGACAACUCUGCUGAAGCAGAUUUAUGGUUGCUGAACAGUUGUACAGUAAAAAAUCCUGCUGAGGACCACUUCAGAAACUCAAUCAAGAAAGCUCAAGAAGGGAAGAAGAAAGUUGUUUUAGCAGGCUGUGUACCACAAGCUCAACCUCGCCAGGAGUACCUGAAAGGCUUAAGUAUUAUAGGGGUUCAGCAGAUAGAUCGUGUAGUAGAAGUUGUGGAGGAAACUAUUAAAGGUCAUUCUGUGAGACUGCUGGGUCAGAAAAAGGAUAAUGGAAAACGUUUGGGGGGAGCACGACUGGAUUUGCCAAAGAUUAGGAAGAAUCCACUGAUAGAAAUAAUUUCCAUCAAUACAGGGUGUCUCAAUGCAUGUACCUACUGUAAAACUAAGCAUGCCAGAGGAGAUCUAGCAAGUUAUCCUAUUGAAGAACUGGUGGACAGAGCCAAGCAGUCUUUUCAAGAGGGUGUUUGUGAGAUAUGGCUGACCAGUGAAGACACAGGGGCUUAUGGCAGAGACAUUGGCACAGAUCUCCCCACGCUUCUGUGGAAGCUGGUUGAAGUUAUUCCUGAGGGAGCUAUGCUGAGGCUUGGCAUGACAAACCCUCCCUAUAUUUUAGAGCAUCUGGAGGAAAUGGCCAAGAUUCUCAAUCAUCCAAGAGUGUAUGCUUUUCUGCACAUACCAGUCCAGUCAGCCUCUGACAGUGUGCUCAUGGACAUGAAAAGAGAAUACUGUGUGGCAGACUUCAAACAAGUAGUGGAUUUCCUUAAAGAAAAAGUGCCUGGAAUAACAAUUGCUACAGACAUCAUCUGUGGAUUUCCGGGAGAGACAGAUGAAGAUUUUCAAGAAACUAUGAAACUUGUAGAACUGUACAGGUUUCCAAGCUUGUUUAUUAAUCAGUUCUACCCACGUCCAGGAACCCCAGCUGCAAAAAUGCCUCAAGUUCCAGCUGCAGUGAAAAAACAGAGAACAAAGGAUCUGUCCCAGCUGUUUCAUUCAUACAAUCCAUAUGAUCAUAAGGUUGGUGAGAGGCAGAGAGUUCUGGUAACAGAAGAAUCCUUUGACUGCAAUUACUAUGUUGCUCACAAUCCUUUCUAUGAGCAGGUUCUUGUGCCAAAGGAUCCUCUGUUAAUGGGUAAGAUGGUAGAAGUGAAUAUUUAUGAAGCUGGGAAACAUUUUAUGAAGGGGCAGCCAGUAUCAGAUGCCAGAGUUCAUACUGCAUCCAUCAGCAGACCGCUAGCAAAAGGAGAAAUUUCUGGUUUAACAGAGGAGUUCAGACGUUCAGCACAGAACGGCACAAACUGGAAAGCACAGCCUUCUGCUAAGAUCCCAGUGAAAACACGGCUCAGCUCCUGGAUGGCUUUGCAGCUGCCAUGGCAACAAGAGGGAGGUGGACUGAAGAUCCUGUCUGUCAGCCUGGCUCUACUGGCUGUUCUUGUUAUGUUUUACUACGGAGGAAUGAAAACAGAACUGUGAACUGAAUGGGGCUUUUAUAAAAACAAUGAAACUGCUGUUUAAAAUCUUCAAAGGAGACACUUUUACCAACAAAUCUUUUUUUUAUUUUAGAAAAAAAAAAAAGCUAAUAUAAAUUGGGCAAUAAUUUGUACUCACUCUAUGCCUUUCCUGUCAUUCAAAGGAGAGAACAUUAAUAAGCUGUGGGAAGGCCUAUCUUGCCAAUACCUGAGAUCCUUGGUUGGUAGAACAGGUUGUUGCAUCUUUCCUUUUCUUUUUUUUCUAAAAUGAUGCAAUGUUUGCAUUACAGGCUCUUUGCAUAUUUGCUGUAUCAAGUAAAAUUGCAUUCAGUUUAUAAGGAAUCUUUCCAUUGAGUGAUAUUGGUCAUCUUUUAUGGUAGAUUAUUUAAAGCUUUCCUAAAGAUUUUGCUUGAUGCAGUGUGAUAGUUUGGUAUCUGUCUUUUUACAUUAGUAUGAACACUGCAAGGCCAUUAAAGUUUGUUAUUUGUUGCUAUUUAUUUUGCUGUCGUGUCUGAAAGAAUUUUUGCCUGCUAUCUUGCAUCUCUCAAGUUCACAAUGAGUUAUUAGGCUUUUUAAUACAAGAAGAAUUAUUUUUUAUGUAGAAAUAGUUCUAAAGAUGUUGGGUUUUUAUAAUUGAAUGGGAAGAUGUUGUUCUGAUUGAUAGAGUUCUGUUAAAAGAUGGAUUUAAUACAGUCUGUAGAUUUUAUACAAUCUUUAAAGAACAAACUGGGAAUUUCUUACCUUUGCAUUGGCUCAGUAAAACAAUUAUUACUCUGUCAGUGGGGAGGUUGCAUUUUACACAAAGAAAAUUUCUAAUUACUUUAUUCAAGCCAUUUUGUCAUGACAGGAUCUCCACACAUCCUGUGAGUGUGCUGGUGAGUCAGGAACUGGACUGUGUGCCCAGUUCUUCCAGCACCUGACUUCAUCAUAUUGUUGGUUUGUUCAUGCCUUGUCACCUUUCUGAAUCUUCAUCUAAACUUCCACUUGCAGAGACUGUUUAAAAUCAUAACACAGGCACUGUUGAGGGUUUUUUUAAUAUGUGUGUCACAUCCAGAUGGAGCUAAGCUGUCUUACAUGGCUUAUGGUUGUGGUGUAACCCCAGCAGGCAGCUGAGAUGCUCACUGACCCCUUGCAGUGGGGUGGGGGCAAGAAUCAGAAGGGUAAAAGUGAUAAAACUUAGGGGUUGAGGUAAAGACACUUAAGUAGGUAAAGCAAAAGCUGCACAUGAAAGCAAGGCAAACCAAGGAAACAAAUCAUUCAUUACUUUGGCAUAGGCAGGUGCUCAGCCAUUCCCAGAAAUGCAGAAGAGGCCUUGACUCUGUGUGAGCCCUCCUCAGCAGCAGAAAAUCCAAAACACAGCCCCAUACCAGUUGCAGUGAAGAAAAUUAACUCUAUCCCAGCCAAAACCAGUACAUUGUCUCUACAGUGCAGAGGAAUAAUCCCCUAGCAAGAGUGCUUUGUACUUUAUAAAUUGGGGAUUCAUAAUAGUUACAGACAAUUAACCAGGAAGCUCCACCAUGAUGCUUUCAGCACAGCCUGUAAAUUAUAACAACAGAUGUAACCGUCUUUAGGAAAUCAGGUGUGUGAUCAAUCAAAUAAUAAAUUUUUAUAGCAACCACUGAAAGUCAUAAGCUGAGACUCAAAAUCCACGAGUUUUAAAACAAAACAAAAAAAAAAACCAAAACAAAACCCCUGCCCUUAAUUUGCUUCUGUUUGUUAGCGUGCUUUAUUUGUUCGACUUUUCUGUACAACAAGGAAUAUAUAACAAUCAGUAAUUUACUUUUUUAACAAAUCUGAAAAAUUCUCAGAAAAACUCCACCAACAGGACUCUGGGAGUUGCAAUUUUCAGGAAAGUACCACAGAUUGCAAGGUUCUCAGGAAAACUGUGGAUUGGCAAAAUCAUUAUAUCCGAGCCAAAUUUUCGCAUGUGAUGGGAAUAAUCUAUGCAGAUAUGUUGUGUGCCUCUAGCAUUAUCUCUGUCAGCCAGUCUAGCUUAUCUAAUCGUGGCAAUUACAGACUCAUUGCAUCAGCUAUUACAGAGAUUUACCAAGCUUGUGAUUUAGAUUCUGUGCAUCGUUGACUUUAAUGGGACCAGCUUAUUUUCCUAGAAAUAGUGCAAUAUACUGAAAGAGGCCAAAGAAGACUUUGUAAAUGACAUUGCCUGCAGUAUAUUCUUAAACUGAGCUUUAAUCUGAUAAGUAGGAAGUGUUGUUUAUCACUUAUUUUGUCGCCUUCCUUUAGAUUUUGAGAAAGGUUUUUGACACUUUGUGUUAUAGAGCAGCAUUGUGUUUGUCAUUGCAUUCCUUUUCUGUACAAAUAAAGCUUCCAAAACCA